AUCUACAAUAAAACGGAGACGACAACAUAACCGGCAACGACUACAACGCCAACGGUUCAUUGAGAACCCUGGGAAUUGUUUGAGAAUUUUGCGAUCAGUUAACUUAAAGACUUGCGACAAUAAAGACGACGUGUGCGCGAAAAUGAGAAUAACGGAAAAUUGUGUAGCUCUGCUAUUGCUGUUCAGUGCAAAUUAUUGCUGGGCCGAUGAUCCGCAGGCCCCACCAGCGACAUGGUCCUUUUCGCUGCAAAACAUAAAUUUAUUUGAUAUACCAAAAUUCCCCGGCAUGGUCUUCGAUGAGGGCAGUUCCAAGAUUCAAAAACAAGUUCAUAGUUCCAUGAAAUCGUUGUUGGGCGAUGUUACCAUUGAUCCGGAUAUUAUUGAGGAUUCAAUAUUGAAAACGCCCGAUCUAAUAAAGAAAUAUGGUUAUCCUUCGGAAGUGCAUCAUGCCAUCACUGAUGAUGGCUAUAUUUUGGAAUUACAUCGCAUUGCCAAUCACGGGGCUAUGCCAGUACUUUUGACCCAUGGCCUUUUGGAUUCAUCGGCUACAUGGGUUAUGAUGGGCCCCAAUAAGGGAUUAGCUUAUCUGCUCUAUGAAAAAGGUUACGACGUUUGGAUGACAAAUGUGCGCGGCAACACAUAUUCCCGCAAUCACACCAAAUACACGACCAAGCAUGCAGCAUUUUGGGAUUUCACAUUUCAUGAAAUGGGCAAAUACGAUUUACCGGCCACAAUUAAUUAUAUUUUGGAUUUGACAUCGGAGGUGCAGUUGCACUACAUUGGUCACUCGCAAGGUACCAUGACAUAUUUCAUUAUGUGUAGCGAACGUCCGGAUAUGUGUGAUAAGGUGCUGCUGAUGCAAGCUCUGGCCCCAGUGGCCUACAUCAAGCAUGCCAAGAGUCCGGUGGUGGAAUUUAUGGCCUUCUUUCAGGAACCAUUGGCGAUGCUGCUCAAACUAAUCGGGGCCCAUGAAUUUUUACCCAGCAACGAAUUCAUUACCCUUUUCAAUCAAAUCGUAUGCGAUGAGGAUUCUUUCACCGAAGAAAUCUGCUCGAAUGUCAUGUUCCUGGUGGCCGGCUUUGAUAAACAGCAAAUGAACGAGACCAUGCUGCCGGUGGUGUUGGGUCAUGCCCCAGCCGGUGCUGCCACCAAACAAAUGCAACACUACGGCCAGCUGAAACAUAGCGGACAUUUCCGUCAAUACGAUUAUGGUUGGAUACGCAACCACUGGCGUUAUGGUAGCAUUAAUCCACCAGACUAUAAACUGGACAAUGUACGCACCAAGGUGGCCCUACACUAUUCGCUAAACGAUUGGUUGGCCACACCCAAGGAUGUGGAGAAAUUGCGCCAAGGUCUACCUAAUGUUGUGGGCAAAUUUUUGGUUAACGAUCCGAAAUUUAAUCAUUUAGAUUUCGUCUGGGGCAUUGAUUCGCGUGAGUUGUUGUACAACAAGGUGUUGGCUCUCAUGGAGAUGACCGAACGGGGAGAUUUUGAUGAAAUGUAAGAGGGGUGGGAUAAUAAAUUAAAAUGUGGUAUUUUUAUCUGAGUUAGUUUUAAGAUUUUAUUUAAUUGUUAUUUUUAAGCGUUUUUAUAGAUUAGAUUUAGGUGGUAUUAGCGUUUAAGUGAUGUGAAGAAAGUAAAAUUGAAAUAAAUGCUAUUAUUUUUUUAGAA